AUGAGUGAUGUCGAGGCAGUCUCUUUACCAGCUGCCCUGGACGUCGGUCAGAAUAGGCUUGCUACGGUAAAGCCAGACCCUGCUGGUCCUUCAUCACCGACCAAAGCUCGUGCAGAUUCCCAUUCACGGGUAGACAGAGAUGGAUCGACGCGUGUAUUUUCAGAAGGAGAGGAGGAUGGGCCUCCUAGUCCUAGGGCGGAUUCAGAGGCAGAGACAAUAAUUCAAUCAGGUCGAGAAUCCUUGUCACCGGAGAAGAAAAGAAAGCAUAUAAAGCACGAUCCGAGCCGUCAUGAACCUAACGGAAUCGAUGGACACCAGCGAAAGAAACCACGUGUGUUCGGCGACACCCGAGAACGCGAACGGGAGCAGGAACGAAGCCCUCCUUCUCCAAGGCACCGAGCAAUUUCGCCGUCGGUGGUCAAGAUCGAAAAGGUCGAUGACUCUCAGAUGUCAGAAACGGAAAGCGUUGCCAAUGGAAUCGCCCGUGCGUCAGAGAGACCUCGUGCCUUCCGUAAGCGAAGCUCAAGCGACAGUGCCGAGGAACAACGAGAUCGUCGUCGCGCACACUCCCACGCAGCAUCCCAUCCUGUGCGGGAACUUAAACAUACCAAUAAUACGCGCCUAUCCAGGCCACCAUCCGACUCGCGAUCGCUAUCACCCAGUCGACCAUCUCACCAACGAUCUGCUUCAGGAUCUCAAUUACCGACAAAGAAAAAGGCGCCAACCCCUCUGCUCACAGGAUCUGGGAGACAUAGCUCGGAAGAUAGACAAUCGACGUCCUCCUCGCAGAGCGGUUCUCCAUUGCCGGGAGCGCAUCUGCGGAAGCUUGGCUCUGGAGUCGGUGCGUCCGCGUCGCCUGCUAAGCAAAUGGGACCGAAGAAGUUGCGCGACAAGAGUGGCCGGACUCCUCUUGCACGGGCGUGCGCGGACCGGAAACAUGAUCAAGUGAUGAUGCGCCAUGCCGAACGACCAGAAGACAUUAAUAUUCCCGAUAAUGCAGGCAAUACCCCCUUGCAGAUUGCAUCGCUUGCUGGAGAAGCCGAAAUCGUCAAGUUCCUGCUAGAGGCAGGCUGCGAGAUUAACACGAAAAACAUUGACAAAGACACCCCAUUGAUUGAUGCUGUGGAGAACGGGAAUGUGGAGGUGGUUAAACUUCUGCUUGAUGCAGGUGCAAACCCACGAACUGUGAACGCCGAAGGCGAUGAGCCCUUCGAGCUGGUUCCGUCCUUUGUAGAUGAUGACGAGUAUGAAGAGAUGAGGAAAGCGCUUGCUGACGCUAAGGCUAAUUUGCGCCCUGGUCGACGCUCAGAGGAACAUACGAGACCAGAGAGUAAGGAACCUUCUUCACGACGGGCGUCAGCAGCCAGAGGAUCCGCAGCUAGCCCCCGAGAUUCACCUCCGAUGCGCAGCCCCCCUCCGGUGGGCGCGUCAAAUCGACGAAAGGGUGGGCGAAGCGAAGCCACGCGGAAUGAUCUCCUGUGGACGAAACCCACAUUCGAGAACCUUAGAGAGUUUGCUGCCAAAGGCGAUGAGGCUGGGGUGGUCAGCAUUUUGAACAUUCUGCAGAAAGCCGACAAUGCUUCUUUAAUUGCCGCAGCAAAGGGUGGACAUCAUGAUGUCCUCUCUCUUUUGUACGCGAUGGGCAAUGCAGAUGCGGAUCCAAACCCUCUACGCGGUCAAAAACCUGGAUAUAACACACCCAUGCUUGCUGCGAUUGGUCGAGGCAAUAGCGCUGUUAUCCAACUCAUCCUAAACCAACCCGGCUUCAAUCCCACGCGACGAUUGUUUGAAGACAGAACAUAUUUCGAACUGUCUCGGGGCCGACAGGGUGAGAACUGGGAGGACGAGUAUCAGAUUCUGAAGGAAGCGUAUGAAAGGUUUGCAGGUUCAGACAAGGGUCGCAAAGACGACUCCCCCCGCCGUGCUCGAAAAGAGAAGGAGGAUAAACGCGCGCCACGCAGAGGGUCUUCCUCCCCAGUCGCGCGCAAAAAAAUCAACACCAGUCCUAAUUCCAGCAGACAUCGCGAUUCUUUGAAAGACAUGGACUCAAUCAAAGAACAACGUCGUCAAAAAGAGCACGAUUCAUCACGAGCACCAGAUUCCUCUAAGCCCAAACCUUCGUUAUCCGCCAGACGAGACAGCGAGUCUAGUGGAAUGACACCCAACGAAGACAUCCGAAAAAGACGACUCAUUGCUGGACGUCGCCCCCAGGAGCGUAGGCCAAGUAUUUUUUCGUCUGAUUCGCUCUCUGGACGUGAAGAGGUCCCGAAACCCCGUGUUGAUACAGCCACCGACAACACAUUGUCUUUGAAGCGUAUUCGCGCUGAUGGAUCCCCAGAACGAUCUCGUUCACGUGGCACGGAUGGUGAUCGCUUAUCUCCCGAGUCGCGUAAAAAGAAGAGACGCGUUGCGUCCGAAGACAAGCCUUCCAGUGCCGCACAUGGUGCACCAAGACAACCUGAUGAUGCUAGCAAACCCCCUCCUCGCCGACCCUACGAGGAGUCUACCCGACCUGCCGAACCUCAACCACACAAAUCCACCGACGCUUCCAAGAAACCCCCAACCCGCCCAACCUCGCCCCAUCGUGAUCCCGUUAAAAAGAAUGGCGAUAUGAAGAAGGAAUCGAACGAUCCAAGAACUGACAUCACGGAAGACAAACUGGCCGUUACGAAACGUAUCGAGGCUGAAUCACAUGAGCGUCGACGAGCCCAGGCCAAGAAGGCGCAAGAGGAGCGUGCCGCGAACGAAAAGCGCAUCGCAGACGAAGCUGAACGCGAUCGACUUGCCAAAGAAGAAGCCGAACGGGUGGCGGCUCAGGUCGCUCACGAUAAAGCCGAGGAGGAAGAUCGCAAACGCAAAGAGGCUGAGCAACGACGCGUCAAACAAGUCGAAGAUGACCGUUUGAAGCGGUUGGAGCAAGAACGUGCUCGAGCUGCCAAAAUGCGCCGUGACCGGGAGGCCGCAGAGCACCGACGCCGUGAGGCUCUUCCCAGUCGCCUUCGUGUUGCAGCAAACCUCGUGGGUUCCAACAAUCCCCGGGCGAAAAGCCAUGACUGGCUCAAGUCUUUCAUGCCUCUUGUUACCGCUCUCACCCGUCAACUCGAUCCUAGCUGUGGUGUGGAUGUCGCAGACGAGAAGUGGAUCCCAAAUUACUUGGUUGCGCCUCUUCUGGCUACCAAUGAUCUUCAACUUUCGCAAUACGCCAGCUGGGAGAAGCGAAAGGCGACACCGACUCAACGUGUGAAUCUGUGGCGAGUCACCCGUCGCAUGUUGACCCAUACAGACGAUCUUGGAUUCCAAAGUUCGAGCAUCGGACAGAUCAUGCAGAAGGAUUGUGACACGCGCCCCAAGUAUUUCGAGAUGGAACAUGUCUUCUGGAUCCGACUUUCUGAUUUCACAGACCUCGUCCCACACGUCCCUCACCUGCACGGCCUAGAACUGCAGUUCUUGAACAUGCACGUCGAUCCGGAGCCGCCCAUGGCUAGCGCGGGUUUUAGCACUCCUCAACUCAACGGCCACGGCCCGGGAGCCUCAGUCGAAACCAACGGGACUGCGCCCCUCAAUGGAUAUGGCCCUUCUCGGUCUAGUACAUAUGUCUAG